GAAAAACCAACUGCACAUAACCCUAAUUUUUCAAUUUUUCCCUUUUCCGUUAUUUCCCUCCUUCACUCCUUUCCCUUCUACUUCGAACCCUAAUUACACAUUCUCUCUCCUAGGAUUCCAUUUAUUUGUUUCCAUUUUCUUUUUCCUCGGACCUCGUUCUUGGUCCUAUGGAGUUUGGUGCCGGUGGACGCAAAAGAGGGAGACCAGAGAAUGGCAAUGGAGGCUUCAAGAAAUUCAGGCAAGAAAUGGAGUCCAUUCCAACUGGUAUAGGAAGCAAAUCGAAGCCAUGCACGAAGUUUUUCAGCACUUCUGGAUGCCCGUUUGGUGAGAGCUGUCAUUUCUUGCACUAUGUUCCUGGUGGCAUCAAAGUGGUGUCUCAGAUGCUUGGUAGCAACCCAGCUCUUCCUACCGCUUCCAGAAAUACAGCAGUCCCACCAUCCUUCCCCGAUGGCUCAUCUCCUCCAUCCGUGAAAACCCGUUUGUGCAACAAAUUCUGCAGCCCUGAAGGUUGCAAGUACGGUGACAAAUGCCAUUUUGCCCAUGGGGAGUGGGAGCUUGGCAAGCCAACUGGUCCUACUUAUGAAGAUCCUCGUACUAUGGGAUCUAUGCCAGGAAGGAUGGCUGGUAGGAUGGAGCCACCCUCACAGGGUCUUGGUGCUGCAGCCAGCUUUGGAGCAUCUGCCACUGCCAAGAUCAGCAUUGAUGCAUCCCUUGCUGGAGCUAUCAUUGGUAAAAAUGGUGUGAACUCAAAGCAUAUUUGUCGUGUUACAGGAGCUAAGUUUUCCAUAAGAGACGACGGGUCAGAUCCUAGUUCAAAGAACAUUGAGCUGGAGGGAACAUUUGAUCAGAUCAAUCAAGCUAGUGCAAUGGUUAGGGAACUCAUUCUAAAUGUUAGUUCAUCGUCUGGAAUUAGCAAGAAGAAUCCUACUAUGGGUGGCUCGGGUUCGGCGAACAACUUCAAGACUAAGCUUUGUGAGAACUUUUCCAAAGGAUCCUGCACUUUUGGUGAUAGGUGUCAUUUUGCACAUGGAGCAGAAGAACUACGCAAAUCUGGAAUAUGAUUUCCUCAUGCUUUAUGUUAGGUAAAAACCCUUUUCUGUUUAUUUUGCUGUACUAUGAGUUUUUGUUUUUGCCGAAUGCAAUGGUAGCUUGAAGUCUCAGUUUUCUAGUU